AUGGUGCAGCUCGGGGGCGGCCGCCGAGCCCCACCGCCGGCCCCGGCCGCGCCGCCGGCCUUCAGCAUCGACAGCAUCCUGCAGCCCGGCCCCCGCCGCCCGGCCCGGGAGCAGGGCAGAGCCCGCUGCGCGCUGCCGGAGGAGGAGGAAGAGGAGGAGGAAGAGGGGCCUGCGGAGCAAGACCCCAGUAAAGGCUCCAGCAACUCGGGCAGCGAGCCCCGCCGGCUCCGGGCGGAGGGGACGAGCCGUGGCCUCCGUCCGGAGUCCGAAGGUGGCGGCGGCGGUGUGGGCUCCCAGCUCCCCGCGGAGGGGCUGCGCGGCCCCCGGCAGCCGCCGCGGCAGGCCGGGGGCUGCGGCGGGGAGAGCGGCAGGUCGCCGGCGGCGGGCGGCAGGAAGAAGACGCGGACCAUCUUCUCCAAGAGCCAGGUCUUGCAGCUGGAGUCCACCUUCGACGUGAAGCGCUACCUGAGCAGCUCGGAGCGGGCCGGGCUGGCCGCCGCGCUGCACCUCACCGAGACCCAGGUGAAGAUCUGGUUCCAGAACCGCCGCAACAAGCUCAAGAGACAGAUGUCGGCCGAGCCCGAGGGCCCGGGCCCGGGGCCGGCGGAGCCCGCCGGGGAGCCCGCCCCCGCCGCCGCCGCGGCUCUCUCCUUCCCGGCCCUUUACAAGGACAGCACCCUGCUCAGCCGCUGCUUGCUGCCGCUGCCCUUCCCCCUGCUCUACCCGGGCAGCGCCAUCCCCUACCUCUGCCUCCCCGGGCCGGGCAAACACUUCAGCCUGGUGGACGGGGACGUAUAG